UCACAGAAACAGAGCUAAGGUUCACCUCAUGUUUCUUCUCAAGCUUGGAAAGGCAGCAUUUGCUCAAAAUUAGCAUUGGAGUGAUGUUAAUUUGCUUUUGAAACUGAACAUUUGCUUCGUAUGUUUCAUGUGAGAAACAAGCAACGUCCUCUCUUGCCAUUCCAUCAUGUACCACCCCUUUAAAAUGUCUUGAGCAUCUCCUAUUUGGAGUCAGCAAGCUCCUCCCCCUUUGAGAUCCUGAGUAUCAGGAGCUUCUUACUGGUGGAAGGUUAUUAAAUUCCCAGCACUGACUGGCUCACUCAGGGUAUCUCUCAGCACAAGAGCUCACUGGAAGCAGGGUCUCUUUUGGGUCACCGGUUCAGCCCAGCUAGCUUGAUCUCAGUGUGUUGAGUGACACACCGCCAGCAUGACCAAAACCACUGGGGAGAAGCCGCGGUCACGCAAUCGCUUGCAGCAGUUCCGUGAGAGAAUUCAACUGCGUUCCCUAAAGGCGAGGAAGAAAGUGGAAGACAUCAGUAAAGAUGACGUGAAGACCUUUCUGAGAAGAAAUGCUUUUGUGCUGUUCACCGUUGGAGCGGUGGUGUUUGGUAUCGCGCUGGGAUUUGCUCUGAGGCCGUAUAAGAUGUCAUACAGGGAAGUGAAGUAUUUCUCCUUUCCUGGUGAACUAUUGAUGCGUAUGCUGCAGAUGCUAGUGCUUCCCCUUCUAAUCUCAAGUUUGAUUACAGGCAUGGCAGCACUGGACAGUCGUGCCUCUGGAAAGAUGGGCAUGCGUGCCGUCAUAUACUAUAUGACCACCACUUUCAUCGCAGUGUUUAUUGGCAUCAUUAUGGUUCUGAUUAUCCACCCGGGCAAAGGCUCGAAGGAUGAAUUCACCAAACAGCAAAAGAUCGAGAAUAUCAGCCCAGCUGAUGCCUUCCUGGACCUCAUCAGAAACAUGUUUCCACCUAAUCUGGUUCAAGCCUGCACUCAACAGUUCAAGACCCAAUAUGGCAAGAGGACGAUUCAAGUGAAGGUGAUUGUGAACGAUUCGAUAUUCAACCUUACUAACGCCACCCAGGAGAUUGCCCAAGAGGAAGUGAUUCCUCUUCCAGGUGCCACCAACGGGGUUAAUGCCCUCGGUCUGGUGGUGUUUUCAAUGUGCUUCGGCUUGAUCAUUGGGAAUAUGAAGGAACAGGGACAGGCUCUCAGAGACUUCUUCGACUCCCUCAACGAGGCCAUCAUGCGACUUGUUGCUAUUAUUAUGUGGUACGCACCUAUUGGUAUCCUCUUUCUGAUUGCUGGAAAAAUCGUGGAGAUGGAUGACAUCACUGAGAUGGGCGGUCAGCUCGGCAUGUAUACGGUUACAGUGAUAAUCGGCCUCAUGAUACAUGGCAUGAUCGUUCUACCGACUUUGUACUUCGUCAUCACCCGGAAAAACCCUUUCGUCUUCAUCACGGGUUUGCUGCAGGCCCUCAUCACUGCUCUCGGCACCUCUUCCAGUUCUGCCACUCUUCCGGUUACCUUCAAAUGCCUGGAAGAGAACAACAACGUCGACAAACGCGUGACUCGAUUCGUGCUGCCCGUUGGAGCCACGAUCAACAUGGAUGGAACAGCACUGUAUGAAGCCCUGGCAGCCAUCUUUAUCGCCCAGGUUAACAACAUGGAAAUGAACUUUGGGCAGAUCAUAACAAUUAGCAUCACAGCCACUGCUGCGAGUAUCGGAGCGGCCGGAAUCCCCCAGGCUGGUCUGGUCACAAUGGUGAUUGUGCUGACCUCUGUCGGACUGCCAACCGAUGACAUCACCCUCAUCAUUGCAGUUGAUUGGUUCCUGGAUCGACUGCGCACAACAACUAACGUCCUGGGAGAUUCUAUAGGAGCUGGAAUCAUAGAGUUCCUGUCCAAAGAUGAGCUUCAGAGCGGCGACGUGGAAUUGGGGAGCUCUGUGCUGGAGGAGAACGAAGUGAAGAAACCUUAUCAGAUGAUCCCUCAGGAGAACGACUAUGACAAUGAGAAACCACCACGUGACAGCGAGACUAAGAUGUAGAAGGCUGCAUAUUCAACGCCCAACCAAGGAUUUUUUGUGUGUUUGUGUCUGUAUAUGUACAGUGGCCCCAAAAAAUAUAUAUGAACACUUAAGAUACACUUAGAAAUGUAAGAAUUUAAUUGCAUUAUAUAAGAAAAUAUCAACCUAAAUGCAUUUAUUUGAAAGAAAUAUUGCACAAGCAUGCUAUUCAAGCAAAACAAAAAGUAUUUGGACACUUUCUGGUUGUGGAACGGAGAAUUAUGUUUGUAAUUAGGGAAAUGAACUCACAUGAUUUCAUACGUUCACUAACAAUCCCAGCUGACAGGGAACGUUCUCAGAACUUUGGCAAAGAAACAUUCUUCCAAUAACGUUAAUAGAAUGUUUGUUCAGAAUUAUCUGGUCUUUAAUAAUGUUCUCAAAUCAUUGUUCAUGGAACUUGGUUCAUCUAAUGUUUUUUAAAUGUUACUGCUUGUUUCUAAAUGUUCAGAGAACAUUCAAAAGUAAUAUUCCAUUGCAACAUUCUGGCAUGUUUGCAGAAUGAUAAAAAGGAAUGUUUCAAAAAUCAGAAAUAACAUUU